GACAAUUAAUUUGUUUAUGUUUGGUUUUAAGUUUGGGUUUGGUCAAAAGUUCCUUUGAUUUAAUUAUUUCUUUUUUUUUAUUUGUUUUUUUUGCCUCCAAAAGUAACUUUGCUUCUAUUUUUAAUUAUUUUACAGAAAUUUACACUUAUUACGGGUUUCACUUUAAUUGUUACUUACCAAUUACUUUGUUGAGAGAACUUUACCACUAUCUUUGUUAAGUUAUGCUUCUAAACCCAUUUAUACAUAUUGUUGCUUGUUUUAAAUUUUGAUUAUAAGUGCAAUCUAUUAAAAAAAAUCUCACACCAUGGAAGAUAAUGAUGCUGAUGAAACGCUAGUGUUGAAUUUUCUUCCAGACCAAUCUGUGGUUCCCGAGGUUGUUAUAGGAAUCGAUAAGGAUGCUAGUGAAUCUACCAAGCUCGAUGGAAGUUUCGAUGAAAACCAAAAUCAAAAAAUCACGACUAAACCAGAAAAUCGUGAACUCGGUCCUGAAAAUACUCCACUGCCACUGAAAAUGAAAAAAUUGGUAGUGAUGUUGGACGAAGUUGAUUUAACGCCCAAAAAGAGAAAACGGAAAAGCAUAGUCCCAAAUCCACUCAGUGCUGCCAAAAUAAAAAAAACUGCAACACCAAGAAAUACUCGCACAUCUUCAGCUAACAGUAGCCUAUCAGCAUCUAAGACACCAAAACUUGCAGUAAAAGAGACUCCGAAACGUAAAAAACUAGUACAGCAGAAGUUGCAAUUUAAGCCCCUUGUUAAAAAACCAGAAAAUGCAAAAUGUGACGCAAAUAACGAUGUAGUAGUUAAAAUUGAAAAUUUCUAUGCUGAUGAAGUAGUUCCUGUUAGCAAACCAGUAACAAAGGAAAAACACUCGGGAAAAGAUCAUAAAAAUAAUAAUCAAGUUUCGAAGCCGAGCGCAAAGCAAAUUAAAGAUGUUGAUGUAAGAUCCAAAGACCUACAAGAAGACGAUAGUAAAUUCAAGCUCGAAACAGACACAAAAGAAUAUGAACCGAUAAAAAAAGGUAGACCAAUCAAAUCUCUCAGAAAUGAAGGUACAAAACCAGUAACAAACUCACUAAAAAUACCAGGCGAAAGAAAAUUUUACAGAUGCGAUCACUGCCCUUACAUGGGCAGUUCAAGGGCCAACUUGGAACGUCACAACAUGAUUCAUAUGAGCGAAGACGAUAUUUUGUGGUACAAAUGCUCAGACUGCGAAUACAAAUCGAAAUACGAAGCCCAAUUGAGAAGUCACGUUAUCAUCCAUAAAGAUCCGAAGGAAAUAGAAUGGUUUCCUUGUCCACACUGUGAUCUGAAGUGUAGCAGAAAACAUAAUUUGACGAAUCAUAUCAAGACCGCACAUUUGGAUCGAGUGAACAAUUUCAAAUGUGAAAAAUGCUCAUAUGCAACGUUUUCCAAUGACAGAUUAGUAGCUCACUCGAAAAGUCAUUCAGACAAAAUUUUCGGCUGUAAACUGUGCAAGUUUAUUACUAAAAAUGAUGACUAUCUCAAAAAUCAUGUCAAAUUGAAACACUCUGAGACUGACGAGAGACCUUUUCCUUGCGACACUUGCUCUUAUAAGGGUAGGACUAAAAGGGAAUUGGUCAGACACUAUGAUCGGAUGCAUAAUAAGGAGAAAAUGCGUGUUUAUAGAUGUGAACUGUGCGAUUUCAAUUCGAUCUACAAAAAAAACAUGGAAUUCCACGUGCUCCACAUGCACAAAAACUCCGAGGGCUUCCAAAAAUUCAUUUGCGGUCACUGCAACAAGCAAUUUGCUUACAAAAACGGAUUGAAAACUCAUAUUAUACGCAUUCACUUGAAGUUCAGUGAAGAAGAUUGGCAGAGGUGUCGUGAAUGCAAAUACAAAACCAAGGAUGUUGGUACCCUAAAAAGGCAUAUCAAAAGGAACCAUGGAGCGCCUAGGUUGCUGUGUAAGCAAUGUAACUUUGCUACUAACAGAUUAAAAUCGAUGGUGGCUCACGAGAAAACUCAUAAAGCUGAUUGUGAAGAUAUUUUGAAGUGUCCUAAAUGUCCAUACAGAAUAAUCCAAGCGUCUUCAUUUGUUUACCACAUGAAAAUUAUUCAUGGAAUUCCUUUAAACAGCAAAGAUCUUUACAAGUAUUAUGAAAAUGACGACAAAAAAAUUAAGGAGAAAUUUGUAAGUGAAAGUGAGUAGUUUGAAAUUUUAUUUGUUGCAUGUCAAACCAGUAGUAAACAGCAAUUUUACUGUUCAGAAGUACAGGUCACCAAACUAGCCAACCAAAAGUAGUUAAUGGGAACCUGUACUAUGAACGGGAAAAUCGCUGUCUAGUAUUGGGUUGAUACCAUAGAUGGUGACGCAACCAAUGGGUUAAUUCAUCUGCUUUGUGUUAGCGGAUGGAAUAACUCACUCAUUCAUUUUUUAGUUCUUAGGAAACUCACGUUUAUUUUAAUUAGGUUUUAGUUAUUUUUUAUUUUACUGUUUUUUGCAUGAUAUUUUAAUUUAGGGAAGAUUUUUCGGGAUCUUUUUAUAUAUUUUUUUUUAUAAAGAGUGGCAAUAAUUGUUUUGUUUACAAGCAUAGUUUUACAAUUAAUUGAAUAUAAUUAUUGAUCUAAAGUUUUACAUUAUCUACCUGUUAAAAAUCUUAAUUAAGUUUUUCCAAAAUUUUAAAUUAUUGUUAAGUGAGUUUGGGUUCUCAUUUGACAAUAAAAACAUAAUAUUAAGAGUAAUUGAGGUGCCUUAAAAAUAUAUCAAUCACUGGUUAAUAAUAUUCAAACAAUGAUAUUUUCCUAUUGAAAGUUGUUAUUAAAUUGUUAAUCAAGUUCAAAAUUUAUAGUUUAGUGUUUACUUUUUAAUUUUUAAUUACUUACUUUUUAAGUUUAUCCUUAUAGUUUUUCGCACAUUUAUGUUUAGUGUUUUAUUUUUAAUCACCGUUCUAUAGUUUAUUAUCACUUUUUACAUGUGUAUGUAUUGCUCAAUUUUAGUAUUUUAUUACUAGACUUUUUUUGGGAUUAUUGCUUUAUAUAUACAUACUUAUAUUUUUAAGUUCUGCUUUGUAUUGCGUUGGAGAAGUAGUUUCUAUUAAUAAAGUCUGAAAAAUU